AGAAGGGAGGCCCCGCCUCAGCUGUCACCAAUCCCGAAACCUCCCUGACGCUGAGUGGCCGGGAGACACGCCAAUCAAUGUCAUUCUCCUCAUUUACAUAAGCGGCGUCCUAUUGGUGGACUGCACGGCGCUUCUAAUACAGGAUUUGCUGGAAGUGCUCAUUGGGCACGCCAGAGAAACACGCCCAGAUGCGUCUCGCAGUCAAUCGUCUGAUUGGAUUUGUGCCUGCAAAAGCAGCGUACCGAUUGGCUAUCUUUCCUGACAAUCUCCUCUCCUCGGCGCCGCUUGUCGUUACGUAGCGUCCUCGUACGUAAGCCGCCAUUGGCUGUUGCUCGCCAGUCACCGAUUCUGCGUAAGUCUAGAAAUUUCUUCUUGCGGGUUUACCGCUGUCCGCCAUCUUGGAAAAGCUUUCCCGCCGGUUAUCCCGAGUUGAACGUUGCGGCCUAGAGACCGGGGCGGCUGUGGCGGAGUGUCAGUGAGGUCCGGAGGCCCCGGGAUGGCAGAGGAGAGCCCACGACCGGAGUCCGGAGAGGACAGCGAGGGGGAGGCAGCCGCAGAGGCCCCGGCGUUAAUGAAGAAGGAGACUCCGCCGGAGUCCGAGGACAGUACCGAGGAGGAGGAGGCCAAGGCCACCCCCGAACCCCCACCACCGCCGCACGAGGAGGGGAAGGCGCAGCAGAAGGCCUCACCCUCCCCCACCGCGCCCCAGCCUCUCCAACCCACACCACCGGCCCUCCCCAUCACCAUGCCGGCCUACCCCGCCUACUACACCCCCGCCGCGGCUCCGGCCUUCCCCUCCACCACCCCCGGAGUCAACGUCUUCGCCAACGACGGCAGCUUCAUGGAGCUCUUCAAGAAGAAGAUGGAGCAAGGCCCGGCCGGGAGCAAAGAGGAGGCCGCACCGGAGGAGAAGAAACCCCCCGAGCCCGAGAAGAGGAAGCCCAUCAGCUUUGUGGGCAGGCGUAGAGGAGGGGCGAAGCUGGCCCUGAAGACUGGCCUGGUAGCCAAGAAGCCAAAGACGGACGAGGAAGAGGUUGUCGUACAGAAAGGAGGGGCUUGGGCACAGUACAUGGCCGAAGUUAAAAAAUACAAAGCCCAUCAGUGCAGUGAUGAUGACAAAACCCGACCGCUUGUCAAAUAACAAAGAAAAAUGUAUGGACUUGUGCCGAGUGAAUUUAGGGGGUGGCUUUGGAUUCCCAAACCCAAGAGUAAUUCUUUCCCAACACCAGCUGCAUAUACUGCAGGAUCCUUCUGCUGUCCCCCCAAAUGUCACCUUGGAGUGUAUAUUGUUGAUCUGUUUUGGACUUGCUAAUUUUACCAUGGAGAGAAGAGACUUUCCUAGUGGGUGCUAAAAUGCUGUGCUGGUGAAAUGCUCACUCCUCAAAGAGGAUGCUUUCCCUUACCUGGACUCUUGGAGCACCUUGUUUCCCCCCUAACCUGUCUGCUGCUGCAGAAUGGAGGAAUAUAAACUUUUGUUUUUUAUAUGUGUUGUGGGCAUGACUUCUUUCACUUUAUGUUUGUAACAACGCUUGCAUUCAGAUCAAUAUCAAUGUAGAAUGUUGCCCUGUGAAAUGAAAGGCAACCUGACCCCAAUUAUAUUCCCAUCCUAACCUUUUUUUUUUCUAUAGUUUCCAUGUAGGCUGGGUUCAUACUUGCCGCGGCUUGCAGCAGGGAGUCGGUGCGUCCCUGUUUCGCUGUUUCAGGUGCUAAUCAUCAGGUCUGAAAUGUUGCCUGAAUUUGGACCUGAAACAAAGCCAAAGAUGCAGAGGACCCUUUUUCAGUGCAGACCGCGGCCACCCCGGAGAUGUGUAAACCGGCUCCAUUGAAACCGGUCACACUCUCCUGUAAUGCGAAUUGAAUGCGGAAAAAAUACGCAACCAAUUCGCAGGUUACUUUUGGGCUAAAAAUAGCGCCUGAAACACCCCCCCCCCCCCCUGCAGUCCUAGUUUGAAAGCCAGAGUGCUUUCACGCUGGUGUGAUGCGUUGGCGGCAUCUUUAGGGCGGUGAAGGAGCGGUGUAUACACCGCUCCUGCCCGUUGAAAUGAAUGGGCACCGCUGCCAAAGUGCCUCGGCAGCUGUGCUACACGGGCGCAUUAAAUCAUUUUAUUCUACCACUAGCGGGGUUAAAAGCUCCUAGCUAGCGGGUGAAUAGUGCCACUAAAAUGACGGUAAAUCGCCACUAAAACUAGCAGCGUUUUACCAUCACUGCCCACCCAUCCCAGUGUGAAAGCAGCCUUACCACAAGCUGCAUAGUAUCCAUUCACCACAGUUGUAGCUUCUGGAACAUGAUUGGCAGCCUAGUCCUCUCUGCUACAAGGACUGCCAAAUAACGCUCCAAUGUAGAGGAAUUGUACCCCAAAGUCUGCUGGAAGACCAGCACUACUGCAAGUGUUCAUGUCUUCAGUACCCCACAGUGUUCAGUUGUUGUUUUUUCCGGCAAAAUUUAGGUCACUACUAUGUAGUAACAUAGCAGCCAGCAGGGGGACAUGUGCAGUACCCCACAGGGGGACAUGUUAUCUGUUACUCGGAAGUUUUGGGUAGCCGUGGUGCUAGUAGACUUCCACCGUAAGUAUUCUGCUGCAGCUGGCUGUAAGUGGUGUGUUUUUUUAUUAUUUUUGAGAUGUAAUCAGGAAUAUUUAGGCUCACCCUCUAGGCCCACAAAACUAGGGUGCUUAGUUUGUACAAGGCUGCCUCAGAACCUCCAGACUUUUGGGGUUCUGGGACAUCACAUGAAUUUUAAUGCAAUACUCCCAGCCUCUUCUAACCCUACCCUUGUUCCUAGUUACACGAAACAAGUUAUCCUGUAAUGUAUGAAAUCCAGAUUGGAUCUGUAGCAGGUUGUGCUGAAGAAAUUGCCUGUGUAGGGACAGGCCCUGGGUUAUUCUUUUCCCAUUAUACUUGUUCUCUAAUUCAUGCAAAAAUAAAUCUCUUCUCUACCAUGA